AUGACAUGGGCAGCAGUUCAAAACUAUGAUAUACAGUUCAGAAUACCAUUGGCCUUCUCCCACAGGACGCAUAAGUUGUGUAAAUUACCAAACGGGGUAUUGGCCCUUUUGAUAUCUGAUCCAGAAGAUAAUGCAAGUGUGUGUUCGGUCACCGUGGCAACAGGCUCGCAUAAUGAUCCCAAGGGUGUCCCCGGUUUGGCUCAUCUAUGCGAGCACAUGCUGUUUGCCGCUGGGUCAAAAAAAUAUCCAGACGUUGACAAAUACCAUCAAACGCUGUCCAAAACUGGCGGAACCCACAACGCGUACACAACUGGAGAGCAAACAACCUUCCACAUCUCUGUUCCUAACAUGAAUAGGGAGGGUGAGCUGGAAUUUGACUGCAUCCUAGACAUGUUUUCAUCCUUUCUGAAGGAACCUUUGUUCAAUUCCACAGCGAUGAACAAGGAAAUCUAUGCCAUUCAAAGCGAACAUGAUAGUAACGUUUCAAGCCUGAGUAAGAUACUUUAUCAGGCUAUCAGAUUGAUGGCGAAUGGAAAUCACCCAUUUAGCCAAUUUUCGACUGGUAAUAUUCAUACACUGAAAAAUAUGCCCUUGGUUACUGGUAUGAAUUUGCGGACUUUACUUGUAAACUACUUCGAAACUAAUUUCCAACCUCGAAAUAUAACUGUUUGCAUUAAGGGUUCUCAGUCCGUGAACAUACUGACUAAACUAGCACUCACAAAUUUUGGCUACAUACAAUCGUCCAGAGCUGCUAAAGGAAAUGUCAUUCGCCGAUCUAUCUCUAAAAGAGACUCGAUACGUUCCAAUGGGAAGAAAUUGAAAAAAAUUGAAAGCUUUAGGAUUUUGGAAAAAGCAUGGAAGGCGAAAUACAAAGAUAUCAAGUGUUUCGACGACAGAAACAACUUUAUGAUAAUCAAAUCAAAUAAGCAAUCAACAAUGCGUUUUUUGUUCCCAGUGAAUGAAAGUGGUGCAAAUUUUACACCAAAGGAACUGAAAAUCUUUAGUGGCAUAUGGCGUGAGUUGUUUGGAGACGAAUCGAAGGGAUCCCUGCACAGUUACUUCAUCGAAAAAAGUUGGAUAACAGAGACAACAACGUAUAUAUCAGAUUUUACCUAUGGGGUAUACGGAUUAAUCUUACAGUUCUCGUUGACUGCCUCUGGUUGGGAAAAUCUGAGAGAAAUCAUCUCAAAAGUUUUUAAAGGUACUCUUGAAUUAGUGCGCUGGGAGAACUUAAACUCUUUAUCCAGAAUUUUGUUUGAGCAUACUACCAUCGAAUAUAUUAACUAUCUCUACCAAGAGCAAGAAGUACUCUCAUCUGAUUUUUGUUCUGAGUUAACUGAGCUACUACAACACAGUCUGAGGACCCCAGAAUUAGAGUACCUUUUCAAAGAAUCGCCGAAUCUGAUUGAACUAAAUAAUGACCAUAGCGAGAAUCUGAUGACGGUUACACCAUGGUGGUUUGAUCAGGCCAUGAAAUUCCAAAAUUUUAUCAAUGAAUUUAUGAAGGUAACAAAUGUAAAGUUGUUUCUGUUGGGUUCAGAACUAAAGCACAACGCUUUUUUCGAGUUGGGCUCACAAAAUAAAGAUUGGAGUACAGAUGCAUAUUACGGAUUUGACUACAUCAAAAGUCACCUUAAUUUUAAACAAAUAAUAGAUGAACCCUGCACGACCGUGAACGACUACUCACUUGCCUUACCCUCAAAAAAUCUCUUCAUCCCACAGUUCUUCCAAAAUCUAGCAAAUCUCCAGCAGAUUUUCAUGGAAUACUCUCUGAGAUCUCGUUUUGCGGUUUUACAACCUCAGGUACCAACAAGUAUGCUACCUAAUCAAAAACCAAGAUUGGUCAAUCGGUCAUCUCAUUAUGAAAUGUGGAUUCUCCCCAUUGACAAAGAACCUGAGUCUGUAGCUUCUCCAGAUCGUAUUCCAAAACAGAGUACUGUAACAUUUUCUAUUGAGUCUUUGACGAUGACACCUUCAUCGAUGAACACGAUGCAUUUGGAGAUCCUUGGUGAAGUUUUGAAUUUCUUACUCACAUCAGAUUUAUACCCGUCAUUGCAGUUGUCUUAUGCCUACGAAAUUGCCACAUCUCUCAAGGGAGACGUGCAGCUCUGUUGUACAAUAUGUGGGUUCAGCGACGGUGUUGUGAAAAUCACUGACUAUAUUCUUUCGACGUUGCGUCUAAUUGGAGAUCCUGCGACUGCUAAUAUUGUCACCAACAGUUUGCUAAGGAAGGCGAGGAUCCAAGUGAGAAGUAAAUAUGAGGCCGCAUCUUCUGAGAUUUGUGUGAAACUGGCGAGCAUGGGUCUGUUGAUCGUUCUUGAGAGAGGCAUGUGGACUUUAGAGGAUAGAUUGGAAGCGUUGGAGGAUAGUGACAUGUCGAGUUUCCAACAAUUUUGCCAUGAAUUUGUGAUGAACGAUAGCGGUAACUACUUGAACUUGUUUGUCCAAGGCGAUAUGAGAUAUGCAGAUGAAGUCAACUGUCUGAUUCAUUCGAAAUUGACACACCAUUUGAACAGCAGCAGAUGCAGCACCCCAACUACGGAUUACAGACGGUCCACAACCGUUUUGAAGCCUGGGGUAAAUUACUAUGUGGAGUACCCUGGCCAAGGUGAUGAUCCGAAUAACAGUAUAGUGCACUUUGUGCAGGUUGGUUUAAGGAAUGACCGUGCCGCGUUCACUUUGGCCCAUUUCACCGCUUACCUGAUGCACCUAACGUUAGUACCUGACCUUCGUUAUAAGAAACAGAUCGGAUAUGUUGUUCUCGGUGGUCUGAGGAUCAUGACAGACACCGUUGGGUUGCACAUCACGGUGAUGUCCGCUGGACAGUGUCUUGAUUUGGAGGAUAAGAUUGAUGAGUACAUGAUGUAUCUUGAGGACACUGUGUUGAACGCGCUUACGGAGUCUCAAUUCGAGGAAAUUUACUUGAAACCGUACAUUAGGUUAAUAGGCGAGCACACUGUGGGUGAGAUGGACACGUCAGGAGGCCCCACAAACCUGUUAAGCGAGAUCUACCCCAAUGUGCAAAACGGCCACUCUUCCGUGCUCGAAGGGAUCGAUAUGAAAAGACACAAGCAGUUAUGGAACCUGAUCCAAGCGAAAGAGUACGAUUUCUUACAGGGCAACGAUAUCCUAGACCGCACGGUGGUCCAAGGGUUAACUUUGCACAGGUACAUGACCUUCUUCAAGGAGAAACUGUCUGCGAGGUCUACCACGAGAAGCAAGAUCUCAAUAAUGAUCGACAGCCCUAUGAAGCGGGAGGAAAUCAUGAACCGGCAGAUGUUUCUACAGAUGGAAACUUUCCUCAAGAUGAAAGGGUUUGCGAUCAAGGACACAGAGCUGCGCGAUAUAGUCAACAAGUCGCAGGGUUCGCCCACCCAGUUGCUACGGCACUUGCUCGCACACUUCAAGACCCGCGGCGAGAACUGGAAGCUGUGCCGCGUCAUUGCGAAAGAGGUUGGGAAACUGUUGGCGCUGGGUGUGCGUCGCAGCCUCACACUGCGACCCACCGUCCCACAGCGACCGUCAACAACUACUACUACUACACCACCGCCAAGACACAGGUUGCCGGACGCGGACUUCUUCCGCCGCACGUGA